AUGGCCGAUGCUCCCUUCCCCCCAUCCGGUGGAGCUCGAGCUCCGACCUCGUACCCCAGCAUCUCCUCCAUCCCACGCCGCUCCUCCUACGCCUCAGUAGUAUCUGGCAACGCAUUUCCACCAAUCUCCAACUCCUUCUCACAUCUCCUCAACUCCCACCCAAUCUCCUACCCCCCGUCCGACAGCCGAGUCCACCGGGCUCCGUUCGGCGUGGAUGCCGCAGACAUGCACAUGAACUCCGCCUGGAGAAACACAGGUUCAACAGAGUCACUUCCUCCCUGGUCUCGCAAGUAUGCCGGCUUUCUACGCUCGGCCGACUUUCCGCACGGCCUAGGCCUCACCGACAGCCCAGCCUUCCUCACCCCAUCCUACCUCCGCAACUCCCGCUACAUCGCCCGUCUCGAGACCGCCUACCGCGCUAAACUCGCUGCCCAACAGCGAGACCCUUCAUCCGCAACCUCCAAUCCUCCCCUCUCCGCCUCCUCCAGCAAUGUCCACCUGCCCCGCAUCGCCCCGUCGCACCGCGGCAUGACCUAUGAGCUCAUAGAGAAGGAACCGCCCGCCUCGGCCGAUCCCCUCAUGCCUCUGCCCAGUCAGUGGAGCUCCGAAGACAAGUUUUCCGGCUUGGAAUUAUCGAACGAGAACUUCGACGUGCGCUACACUGGUCCUAUGCACAAGCAUGACCAUGAAGCUGCUGCCUUGCGCGCGGAUCACCCUAUGCCGCCGCAGUGCGGGAUCUAUUACUUUGAAGUCAAGAUUGAGUCAAAGCCGAAGGAAGGCAUGAUCGGUAUUGGAUUUUCUAGCCCCAAAGCAUCCGUCGAGAGACUUCCCGGUUGGGAGACCGAAUCCUGGGCUUACCAUGGCGAUGAUGGAAAAUCGUUCUUUGGUGAGAGUCAAGGACAAGGUCGAGCAUAUGGACCGACUUUUGGUGCUGGCGAUACAGUCGGAUGUGGUGUGAAUUUCUCUACAGGAUCUGCGUUCUUCACUAAGAACGGUGUUUUCUUGGGAAAUGCGUUUCACGAUCUGCACAAUGCGAGACUUUUCCCGUCUGUCGGAAUGAAGAAACUACCACCAGUACAUCUCAAAACGAACUUUGGACAGGAGCCUUUCGUUUUUGAUAUCGAUGGCAUGGUCAAGCAAGAGAGAUUCAACGUUCUAUCAGAGAUUAACGAAGCAUCCACGGCUGGUCUGCAACCACCUUUGGACGAGUCGACACUUAUGCAAGAGUUAGUCGCACAGUUCCUCGCCCACGACGGCUACGUAGACACAGCCCGUGCAUUUGCAGAAGAGGUGGCCACCGAAACAUUAGCCCUACAGAACGGCCGCAACGAGCCACUGAAGAAAUAUGAAGUCGAGGAAGACCGCGAAGCCAUCAACCGGAACAAAAUCCGCUCCGCAAUCCUAGACGGCGACAUUGACAAGGCCCUCAAGCACACGAAAGCGUAUUACUCGAAUGUCCUAGAAGACCACCCGGAAAUCCACUUCAAACUGCGCUGCCGCAAAUUCCUCGAAAUGAUGCGGCGGUCCAAUGAACUCUCCGCGGCAACUGCCGCAAAGCGCCGCGGCUCGACAUCCCCCAACUCGCACGAGCACGCCGUCUUCGAUCAGGAGAUGGAGCUCGACGGGGAUGGUGAUGCCUGGGUCGCGGACGGCAUGGACACCGAAGAGCCCGAGGUCGUCGCACAGUUCAACAAGCUCCUCACGGAGGCAGUACAGUAUGGCCAGCAGCUGCGCGCUGAUUACCCCACUGACGAGAACGGCGGAGACAAGAAGCUGCUGGACGAUAUCUUCUCACUGGUGGCGUAUCCUGAUCCGAAGAGGUCUGUGCAUGGCCAUUACCUCGAUGCCGAGGGACGAGUGGCUGUGGCUGAGGAGUUGAAUUCGGCUAUUCUUGUCUCAUUGGGCAAAUCAUCUGCUGCAGCGCUGGAAAGACUAUACCAGCAAACUGAAGUGCUGGUUAACGAGAUCAGUGAAGACGGCGGCGCUGGGGCGUUCAUUAAUGUUCGGGAUGAUAUUCUGCUUUGA